AUGGGUUUUGCUACAGAACGCGAAAAAUUGGUCUACACUGCUAAGCUGGCUCAGGAGGCAGAGCGAUACGAUGAGAUGGUGGAUGCAAUGAAGAUGGUUGCAAAUCUUGAUGUUGAAUUGACCCUUGAAGAGAGAAGCUACCUCUCUUUUGGGUACAAGAAUGUUGUUGAUGCUCGGAGAUCAUCAUGGAGGAUCUUAUCAUCAACAGAGCAGACGGAGGUGGCGAAAGGAAAUAAUAUUCACAUGAAGCAUCUAAAGAAAUAUAGACAGAGAGUUGAAUCAGAGAUAUCAAUUAUUUGUAGAGAUAUCAUCUCAGUGCUUGAUAGUCAUCUCAUCCCUUCGACUUCAGAUGGUGAAUCAACUGUGCAUUAUCAUAAGAUGAAAGGAGACUUUUAUAGGUAUCUCGCAGAAAUCAAGGCCGGUGAUGAGAAAGAGGAGGCUAUUAAACAGUCGAAGAAAGCAUAUUACAAGGCCCUCACUGUUGCAGAAGCUGAGUUGCCUCCUACAAAUCCCACCCGUUUGGGUGCGGCUUUGCACUUGUCAAUCUUAUAUCAUGAGUUCCUGAAUAAUCCGGAGACGGCCUGCCUUCUUACAAAGAUAGCUUUUGAGGAAGGCACUGCUGAGAUUAACACACUGAACAAUGAACCAUACAAGAAUACCCUCAUGGCCUUGAAACUUUUAAGGGAAAAAUACAGCUUGUGGACUUCCCAACUGCCACAUUAA